AUGAUUGCAGAGAAGAAUUUAUUGGAUUUGUGCUUCUGUCUGGCUUCCAUUUCUUUUCUCACUCCAUCUUUCCUGAUUCUUUCUCUCUCCCAAACUAUCUCAUUUCUAUUUAUUUUGAUCCUUGCCCUUUUCGUUCUCUCUUUGUUCUCCUUUAUUUCUCAUUUUGCUCUCUUGUCUCUUUCACACUUGUCCUAUCUAUCUAUCUAUCUAUCUAUCUAUCUAUCUAUCUAUCUAUCUAUCUAUCUAUCUAUCCUUUCUCUUUUUCUCUCUCAAGUUGACUUCUCUCUCUUUCUUUCUCUCUCUUUCCAUUCCCCUCUCUUUCUCGCUUUCUAUAUCUCAAUCUCCCUCUGCCACCUCUCACUUUACAUUUGCUUUCUAUCUCUUUCAGUCUCUCUUUACAACCUCUCCCUUUACAUUUGCUUUCUAAAUCUCUCAAUUCCUGUGUCUCUUCUGUUUCUUUGUAUUUGCUUCUGCAUUUGUUUCCUCUCUCUCUCUUUCAGUCAUUUACCUCUUUCCUCCUCUCUUUUUAUCCCUGUUAUUAUUUUCAUUCUCUUUCUCUCUCUAACACUAUCACUUCACUUUCCUCUUAAUCAUACUUUAAACUUUUGA